GAAGAGCAGAACCGUCUAUGUGACCGAUAAGUGAGCGUAAUUCGAAAAAUGUGUGUUUAUCAAGUCGUGUUGUAGCUGUUAUGUUUUCUCGCCGAUCAAGCGUUUUAUAACAUUGUGGGAAUGAUAUCUGGAAAAACUGUUGGAGUAAUUCUUCCCACUUUGGUUGGUUAGCUGUUAGUGCGUGCUAACGUUGUAUGCUAGCAGUGAGAGCUAAAACUGGAAAAGAAAAGAUCCGCGACUGGAGAGCCCGUGAUCCGAGGUCUGAGACUGAUAAAAGAACAAAACACAACAACGCCCUUUGUGCCGUCUUCGUGGAAGCUAUUGCUUUGUUUUCCUCCUGACUGACUUUUGAGGCUGAUGUCAUCAGAGAAAACCAGCGUGCCCAUCAAACAUUGAAGUUAAUCACCGGUAUGGACCAGGAGGACCCAGAGGCUCCACACAUUAAAGAAGAACAAAAUGAAAUUUGGACUCAUCUCAAGAGAGAACAGCUUCAAGAACUGGAUAAAGCUGAAGCUGCUAUUUUUCCAUUCACAUCUGUCAGUGUGAAGCUUGAAAAUGAUGAAAGGCAACCUCAGAUCUCACAGUUUAAUCCAAGUCAAACUAAGGAGAACAGAGAGACAGUGUGUGCGGCCAGAAAUAUAUCUGAAGACAUCAAGACAGAAGCUGAAGAUGUUAAGCACUUGUUGAUGGUCCCUGCACAUCAGAGUUGGGUCCCCAGUAUGGACCUGGAGUACCCAAAAGUUUCACACAUUAAAGAAGAACUUUGGACCAGUCAUGAAGAAGAGCAACUUCAAGAUCUGGGUGAAAGUGACAUUGCCAAGUUUCCAUUCACUGUCAUCACUGUGAAGAGUGAAAAUGAAGAGAAACCUCUAAUGUCACAUUUUAAUCAAAGCCAAGCUGAAGAGAACAGAGAGACGGAGUUUCUAGCCAGAAAUGCAUCUAAACAGAUGAAUACAGAAGCAGAUGGAGAUGUCUAUAUAGCAUCACAAGUUAAUAGCCUGGACCUGGAUAAUCAUUUUCAACAAGAUAUUAAUGAUCAAAUGUCAGAGCCUGAGACUGAUGACAGUGAUGAGUGGAUAGAGACCAGGUUGCCUCAGUCAAGUUUAAAUAUGCAGAAAAAUGAUGACAUCACUAUAAAUAAUAUACAAUCUGACAUUGCUGAGAAUCAGUUUAGCUGCUUUGUGUGUAGUAAAACAUUUAGCCGCAAAGAUAAAGUAAAGCCCCACAUGAGAAUUCAUACAGGAGAGAAACCGUUUAACUGUUCUGACUGUGGUAAAAGUUUUGGCCUCAAAGGUAAUCUGAUGAUGCAUAUUAAAAUCCACACAGAUGAAAAACUAUUUAGCUGUAAAAUGUGUGAGAAAAGAUUUCGUUUUACAUGGAAUCUAAAGUCACACAUGAGAAUUCACACCGGAGAAAAACCAUUUAGCUGUACUGUGUGUGCUAAAAGAUUUCAUGACAGAGGGAGUCUGAAGAAGCAUGUGAGAAUGCAUACGGGAGAGAAACCAUUUAGUUGUACUGAGUGUGCUAAAAGAUUUACUGACCAGGGGACUCUGAAGGCACACCUGAGAAUGCACACAGGAGAGAAACCAUUUAGCUGUACCGAGUGUGGUAAAAGGUAUCACGAUAAGGGCAGUAUGAAGAAACAUAUGAGAACUCAUAAAGGAGAGAAACAUUUUAGCUGUACCAAGUGUGCUAAAACAUUCCAUGACAAUGGGGCACUGAGAGCACAUCUCAGAAUUCACACAGGAGAUAAACCUUUUAAUUGUUCUGUGUGUGAUCAACGAUUUGGCCAUAAGAGCCAUCUGAAUACACACAUGAGAAUUCAUACAGGUGAGAGGCCUUUUAGCUGUACUAUAUGUGCUAAAAGAUUUCAUGCUAAGGGGGGUCUAAAGAAACACAUGAAGAUUCACACUGGAGAGAAACCAUUUAGCUGUGCUGAGUGUGCCAAAAGAUUUCGUGACAAGUCAAGUCUGAAGAAACACAUGAGAAUGCAUACAGGAGAGAAACCAUUUAGCUGUAUUGAGUGUGCUAAAUGUUUUACUGAUAACUGGACUCUGAAGGCACACUUGAGAAUACACACAGGAGAGAAGCCAUUUAGCUGUAUUGUAUGUAAUAAAAAGUAUCAUGAUAAGGGCAGUUUGAAGAAACAUGUAAGAACUCAUAAAGGAGAGAAACCUUUUCACUGUAUCGAGUGUGCCAAAACAUUCCACGACAAUGGUACAUUGAAAGCACAUUAGAAUUCACACAGGAGAAGCUUUUUAGCUGUCAUGUUUGUGCUUAAAGGUUUCAUGCUGAAGGGUGUCUAAAGAUGCAUAUGAGAAAUCAUACAAGAGAGAAAGUGUUUGGCUGUUCCGAGUGUUCAAGACAAUGGGAAUUGAACUAAUAUUUGAAAACUCAUACAGUAGAGAAACCAUUUGGGUGUAUCAUGUGCCAGCACAUCUCAUGAACGGAAGUUGGACACACAUAUGAGGGCUGAAAGAGAGAAAACUACAAAAUACCAAGAUCUAAAAAAUAGCAGGGGUGGUGGCCAAGUGGUUAAUGUGCUUGGUUUCAGUUCAGAAGGUUCCAGGUUCAAAUCCCACCCCUGCCACAUUUCUCCAUGUAAUGUGGAGUUGCGUCAGGAAGGGCAUCAGGCGUAAAACUUGUGCCAAUUCAACAUGCAGAUCCACCUUGGAUUUGCUGUGGCGACCCCAAGUGCAAACAAGGGAGCAGCCGAAGGGACUUACUUACUUACCAAGAUCUAAAAAAUGACCUACAAGCAACAUGUCAUUGAAAGAAAUAGAUAUAAUACACUUGUGGUGGGGACGGCAGGGCUUAUGAAGAAAAACCUGAAGAAAUACCUUGAGGAAAUCCCUGGUUGCCCUAGUGCCCACAGGGUGCAGUUAUCAGCAAUUAAGCACAUGGCCAUCAUCUUGAAAACAGCCCUCAGAUACAAUGCCAGCAAUGUUUAGGGUGCAAAUCUAGACCCAAGGUGUGGGGCUUAUUGCAUUCUAUUAAAAAGAAAUCCAAGAGAAUUAACAAGAGAGAGAGAGAGGAACUAUUUAGCUAUACUGGGUGCGGUAAAACAUUUCAUGAAAAGAGGCAUCCAAAGACAGAUCAGAAUUCAAACAAGAGAAAACCAUUUGGCCCGAGUGAGUGUGCUGAAAGUUUUCAUGAUAAGCGCAAGUUGAAGGUACAUAUGAAAAUUCACAAAAGACAAACCAGCUGACUUGGUAAACAUUUUCCAAAUUGAAAAGCAAUAUAAUAAUUAUGCAUGCUGCACAGUUAUUAUAUUAUUAUUAAUUAUUAUUUACAAUAAUUAGUAUUUAUAAUGAUUGUUCCUUCUGAAAGAAAAUCUAUGAUAAUUAUAGCAAUGAUAAUUCUGUACUUUAUAUUAAUUGUAAAAGUUCUAAAUGAUUGUUUUUGUAGUAAAUUUUCAUAUGCAGAGAUUAAAAUAUUCCACUAACAAGUAAUUUCAUACUAUGUUCAGUGAAUUGUAAGGAUCCAGAGACGAUGUGCUGCGGUCAAGUGAUUAGUAGAGUUUCUCUCUCUCCAUAUAUAUCCAUCCUUUGUCAAUACCUGCUUACUCCAGUUAAGGGUCAUGGGGGGCUGGAGCCUAUCUCAGCAGUCAUAGGGCGUGAGACGGGGUACACCUCAGACAGAACGGCAGUCUGUCACAGGGCCACAUAUAGACAAACAAACACAUUCACACUUGCACACUAACCUACGUUUCCAUGCAUUUGUUUGGAUAUGGGAGGGAACCCACACAAACACGGGGAGAACAUGCAAACUCCACACAGAAAGGGCAGGAAGCGAUCCCACAGCCUUCUUGCUGUGACUCAUCAGUGCUAACCACCACACACAUGCGCGUGUCAAUUUUUCCCUAUUAAAAAACUGAAUAGUGCCAAGGGUGCAUACAUGUUCCCCACUGUUAUCAUUGCAUAUCAGUCCACUUGUUGCAAAGGUUUUUUGAGAAACAAUAUAUUUGAAGUGUGCCACAAUUUUGUUUUACAGCAGGUGUCUUUUUCAAAGUACAGUAUCAAACAUUUUUCUGUUUUUUGUUUAUAGUCAGGUUGAAGACAUAUAAAAAAGAUGCCCCAAAUAAAUUAUUGCUUCCCUCAAGUUGAUCUUUUUGUUGCAGUUUGUCAAAUUGUUGAUCAGCAGUAGAGCUGCAUGAUUAAUUGUAUGCAAUCACAAUGUAAACCUAAGGGAUUCUAUAA